AUGCCGCCAAAGACCAAGUUUGACCCAACUCGCCCCGUCGACUUCACCACCGUCGCAGGCAAAACAGCAAUCAUCACCGGCGGAGCCUCAGGAAUCGGGCUCGGCUUCGCCACAGCCUUAGCAACCCACGGCGCCCAAGUCUUCAUCCUCGACAUCAACGACGCCGGCGGCCGGGAAGCCGAAACCCAGCUCCGAGCAAAGAACUCCCAAGCCACAUUCAUCGACACAGACUUCACAUCCUGGGAAUCGCAACUCGAAGCCUUCAAACAGAUCCUCGAACAAAGCCAAAACGGCAGAAUCGACAUCGUCAUAACGAGCGCGGGCGUCGCCUCGCCGAACAUCAAACUCGCCUGGCUCCCCGAGGAAGGCGAAGACCUCCCCACGGAGCCGAGCAAACCCCCUACGCCGGCGAUAUCUGCGAAUUUGCUGGGGACGUACUACACGACCCACCUCGCUCUCUCCUCCUUCGUCCGUCAACAACAACGACAAAGCAGUCCCUCCCGCCCCCAACUCCUCCUAAUCGCAGGCCUCCCAGCCUACUUCGGCCAAGACUUCAACCCCGACUACACCGCCUCCAACCACGGCAUGCGCGGCAUCUUCAAAUCCCUCCGCCAACCCGACGUCGCGCGGAAAUUCGGGGAUUACCGGAUCAACCUCCUCGCGCCGGCGUUUGUGGCUACGCCUAUGCUCGCGGGUGUUGAGGAGAUGCUCGUGUGGCGUGGGGCAAGGGUGGGGGAGGUUGGGAGUGUUGUGGAGGCGGGGAUGAGGUGUGUUUGUGGGGAGGGGGGUGGUGGGAGGGCGGUUUGUGUGGGUGGGGCGGAGGAGGGGAGUGGAGGGGCUUUUGAUGUUGGGGAUGAUGUUGAGGGGGGGAAUGGGGUGAGGAUUGUGGAGAGGUUGGAGGAGGGAGUUUUUGGGAAGAUGUAUGGGAAUGCUACUUGA